AUGAACCUGUCGCUCGUUGACCCCUUCGUCCUCGCCCAGGACUGCCCCGAGGUCAUCACCGGCCGUCUGCGCAGCGGCCAUUCGACGUCAAUCCGCUUCAGCCACCGCGGCGACCUGCUCGCCUCUGGACGCCACGAUGGCAUCGUAGUCAUCUUCGACAUCGAGACCAACGGCGUCGCCCGCAAGCUGCGCGGCCACACGCGCCAGAUCCAGUCGCUGAGCUGGUCCACCAACGACCGCUACCUGCUGAGUACGGGCCAGGACUGGAAAGUCGUGCUCUGGGACCUCAAGGAUGGCUCGCGCGUGCGCACCGUCCGCUUCGAGGCUGCCAUCUUCAUCGCGGAGCUGCACCCGAAGAACCCCAUGUGCUUCGUAGCCGCCCUCUUCGAAGACCAGCCCGUGCUGGUUGACACGACCGCCGAAGUCCCCGUCAAGCACCCCCUCCCUUCCGCGCCCCGCCGAUCGGAAAUCGAACGCGAGAACGCAUCCGAAAAGCAGGCCGCACAGGACGCAAAGCAGACAACAACAGUGACGCUAUUCACACCCUCGGGAGAUCAUAUCAUUGCCGGAACAAACAAGGGAUGGCUGAACAUCAUCAAUGCUACAACACAUGAAAUGCAGUACUCGUACAGGGUCACGAACAACAUCAUCGUAUUAAUACGAUUAACACAAUCGGGGAGGGAUGUUGUGAUCAAUUCCAGCGACAGAAUUGUCAGGACUCUGCAUCUGCCCGACUUUUCUGAUCCGAAGCUCGAUUUUGACACGCUGCAGCUGGAGGUGGAGCACAAAUUUCAGGACCUUGUGCAGCGCCUGUCAUGGAAUCACGUCACUUUCAGUUCGACUGGUGAAUACGUCGCAGCAUCUACUUGGAUGAAUCAUCACAUCUACGUCUGGGAACGGGGCCAAGGCAGUUUAGUGAAGAUUCUGGAAGGGACCAAGGAGGAGUUGUCAGUGGUUGAGUGGCACCCCUUCCGCCCUUUCGUUGCCGCCGUCGGUGUCGAUUCUGGUCGCGUCUGGCUGUGGUCCAUUCUCCAGCCCCAACGCUGGUCCGCCCUCGCCCCCGAUUUCGUCGAAGUGGAGGAGAACGUGGAGUACAUCGAACGCGAAGACGAAUUCGACAUCCAGCCGCUCGAAGAGAUCCACAAGCGCCGUCUUGAUCAGGAAGACGAGGACGUCGAUGUCCUAACCCUUGGACCCGUCAAAGCCAGCACAGAGCACGAAGCUAGCGAAUUCAGAAUGCCAGUGCUGCUAGAUAUCGAGGCCAGCGAUAGCGAAGACGAGGUGGUGGCUAUUGGUGCAGGGCAAUUCAGGAGACGGAGUCCAGGAGCGGGCAGAGAAUGGAUGAACGAUGACGAGGUGGGCGUAAGCGGUGAUGAGGCAAGACGACAGAACGGGACUACGGUACAGAAUGGCACCAAGAGGCGGAGAGCAGGUUGAACGGGUGGCUUUUGCAAAAUAACCCCAUUGUUUACGGAAAACUGCAAGAGUUAGGUUAGCAACAUAAUUCUCAUAGAGAAUAUGGGGAUCAAGAUCUUCCAGACUGUUGAGAGACGAUCUGUGAGUGCGUCACUCGCCUAAUACGCAUCAAUCGACACUCUGUACCUAUCUACGCAGUGAAUCUGCCCCAGACUCCCAGACCCCCAGACCUAAAAAUCUUACGGCCUGGCAGGCGCAUAGGUAUGGCACAGAACGAGGAGCGUGUUGUGCUCCGAUUGCCACUUUAGGACCCUAGCGGUUUCGGCUUACCGGUCG